AUGGCGGACGUCGACGAGAAAGCCAUCCCUCGUGACAUCGAAGCAAAAGACAUCGAAUCCUCAAAAUCACACAACGAAAUCGAUACAUCAACAAGACCCUACACUGGCAAAGGCACGAUAGAAGACCGCAAAUUAGUCCUCAAACAAGACUUACGAAUCAUCCCACUAUGCGCUUUCAUCUAUCUGCUAUGCUACCUCGAUCGCAGCAACAUCGGAAACGCCAAAGUCCUCAACCAAGAAUCCGGCAACGACCUCCUCACAGAAACAAACAUGACAAAUCACCAAUACAUUAUAGCACUCAUGGUCUUCCUCAUCGCUUACGCACUCUUUGAAGUCCCAUCAAAUUACGCACUCAAAAGACUCAAACCCAGCAAUUGGAUUGCUUUUCUCAUGUUCUCUUGGGGUGCUAUAACAAUAGGUCUAGGUGGAACACAUAAUUUCGCCUCCGUUACAGCGGUGCGAUUUCUUCUUGGAGUUUUCGAAGCUGGACUGUUCCCUGGACUGGUAUAUUAUCUGACAUUCUGGUACCGCACUGAGGAGCGCUCGAUACGCGUUGCGUUGAUUCUGGCUUCUGCGACUCUGGCUGGGGCGUUUGGAGGGGCGAUUGCUUAUGGGGUGGGACAUAUGAAUGGGACGCACGGGCUUUCGGCUUGGAGAUGGUUGUUUAUUCUGGAGGGGAUUCCGUCGGUGAUAUCUUCGUUCUUCGUUUAUUUCUUCCUGCCUGAUUACCCGGAAACGACGAAGUGGCUGUCCGCUGAGGAGAAAGCCCUUGCUGCUGAUCGGCUACGCCUGGAAGGCUCGCAGGGACAGAGCGGACAUAUGACCUGGGCCGACGCCAAGGAGACUCUUACGGACUGGAGAUUGUAUGCGCAUUAUGCGGUCUACUUUGGGAUCAGUACACCGUUCUCAUCUCUGUCGCUGUUUACACCUACCAUCACAGCUGGACUAGGAUACGAUGGCCUGAGAGCUCAGCUCAUGACAGUACCUCCCUAUGCUGUUGCAUAUGUCGUGACAGUAUCUGUCGCAGCAUCUGCAGAUUAUUUCAAUGCUCGAGGCUUGCAUUCAUCGAUUUUUGCCACGAUCGGCGCCGUCGGAUUCCUGGCAUCUGCAGUCUUAUCACCGCAAGCGUAUUCUGCUAGGUAUGGUUGUCUCAUUGUUGCUGCCUCUGGAAGCUUCGCAUGUAUUCCGCCUCUACUUGGUUGGCUCAGUUCGAAUCUGUUCAGCACGGCAGCUGUUGGGCUGGCAAUCGCGAUGAACGUGUCUUUCGGAGCUCCAGGACAAAUUGCCGGCGUGUGGAUAUACAAGGCCAACGAAAAAGCCGACGGCUACCCUACUGGACACUGGACCAACGCCGGCCUCUUGUUCUUCGUAGCAGCUGGCUGUCUGGCUCUAGUCUUGUAUUAUCGCAUGCUCAAUCGGCGAGCCAGAAUGAGUGGUAGCGAGAGGCUGUACAAGUACUAG